GUCCGCUUUUAACAAGCAAAUAUUUCGGUUCGUUCUCACUCCUUAAGCAAAAUAUGAAAAAGUCCAAAUCUAAAUCGAAUACUAAGAAGAAGGAAAAAGUUUCAACUUUAAAGUUGAAAAAGAAAAGAAAUAGUUCUCCCCAUACUGAAGGAAGCUCAAAAAUCAUAAAGAAAGAACAAGUUCCUCGAAAAUCUCGUUGGGAGGAGUCAGCAAAAGUUGAUCAAGAUUUAAAAAAAACCGAAACUUCAGUUUUACCCAUGAAGACGGAGAAAGAAGACGUUACAGAAUCUCCUAGAAUCAAGAGUUUGCUAGAGGACAAGAAGAAGCUAGUGGAGCAACUUUUCGUCACUGUUUCUGGAAAGACACUUGAUGAUUUAAUCCCGGAUUACUUGCGGAAACGCCCUUUGGAUGAACUAAAGAAGCUGUGCUUAGCGGAAAUUGAAAAAAUGUCUAAGGAGGAAAUAUUAGACAUAAUUUCAGGGAAAGGCCCUCCACUAUUCAAAGAACAGGAAACUCAAACAAAACUCUCUGAAAACUCAAAUGACAGUGUUUCUCCUGCAAACGAAGAUCUAAAAACAGAAAAAGAAAAUGAGCAAGUAGGAAAUAUUGCAUUCAAAGAAGAAAUAAAUGUAUGCGGUUCUCAAAAUCAGACACUGCCGGAAGUCUUAGACGAAGUAGCGAAGGAUCUUGGGACUUCAGAAGGUGAUGCUGAGUUGUUGGAGUUGGAAAUGAGAGCUAGAGCCAUACGAUCCCUUCUAAAACUCAAAUCGAAUGAAGAAUUUGACUUAGAUUCGAAUCUUUUGGAGGAUGAAUAGGAAACUGUGAUUUGAAUUUGCUUUUCGUUUGUAAUAAAAACUUAUGUUUUAAGUA